AAACCAUUGGUUCUAUUGAACUUUGUAGCUAAAAAAAUUAUUUUGAGCAUAAUUAUACACGGUGCCGUGUCACUACGUCCAUCGUGUUAUCCAUAUUUGUUAGUAGUUUAUCUAAGAUCUCGUUGUAUUAGGUUCCUACUGUUCUGUGCUCAGAUUUUCAAUUUUCUGGUUUCUGAAACACUUGCUUAUCUUGAAUAAUCUUGCUGAAAAUGAAAUGUAUUCCAGUGUGAUUGAUAACUAAAUUUGGAGAAUGUAACAAAACUAAUAAAUUUAAUCACCCAUUCUAUUAAGCUUAUUGCUUUACGUGUAGCUCCAGCCCAAAUUCUUUCUAGUUAAGGAAUCAACAGGUCUAGUUAAGCCUAUUAGGGACUGCCUACCCCCCUGCCAUACCGUAUUUUUGUCCAAGGAAAGGAAAACGAGGAAGACGUUGUUGCACAGCUGGGGGGAGCUGUCUGAUUCGGAUAUUUGUGAUUUUCAGUUUUUUUUCGCCAUUGACUUGGAAGACUUAGCUUUGUCAUGGGGACGAAGGUAUUUAUGGACAUAAGUUCAGUUGCCAUGGAAUUUGGAUUUCCACUGUGGUUUGUGGAUGGAAAAGGAGUUGGGAGACUCAUGGCCUGGGUCUUCCACGUUCAAGUUGAACCCCUGGUUGACCUGUCCCGUCAUUGUUAAUACAUGGAUUGACUUGAUUCUAGAAAGCAACUGCAUCAGUGAAUCGAAUGUGUAAAUCUUCAACAUUAUCAUGUAAUAUUGCAUUACAAUGCUUAUGUUCAGUAAUCACACAAUGUUCAUCAGACGUCCUCCUAUCAUGGAUUUGAAAAGUUCCUUCUUCAUUCAUCUGGUUAGAGUGCUAUUCCUGCUGUGUCUUUUAGCAGGUUUAUCAGUUACCAGAGCCGACUUCAUGACAGAUCAAUCUGCUCUUUUGUCCCUGAAAACUCAUGUUGUUUCAGACCCUUUAGGAAUCCUAGAAAACUGGAAUUCCACAUCUUCAGCAUGCAACUGGAUUGGAGUCACUUGUGGAAGACAUCAUCAAAGAGUGGCACAGCUGAAUAUUUCCAAUAUGGAGCUAUCCGGGAGCAUCCCACCUGAGUUUGGAAACCUUUCAUUCCUUGUUUCGAUUGACAUAAAAAACAACAGCUUUGGCGGGGCUUUGCCUGAAGAUUUGGCUCGCCUUAGAAGGUUGAGAAUCUUCAGGUUUGGUUACAAUAACUUCACGGGUGACGUCCCUUCAUGGUUAUCUUCGUUGCCUCAGCUUCAGGUAUUGUCUCUCAGGAGCAACAAUUUCACUAGCUUGAAUUCAUUUCUCAGCUCUUCCACAAAUGAAUCAAAGCUUGGUACUUUGGACUUGUCAUUCAACUCUUUUCGAGGUGAAAUCCCAGAAUCUAUAGGAAAUCUUCGUAAUCUCAAAGAACUGUCCAUGGCAGCUAACAUGAUUUCGGGUCCUAUCCCUUCUUCAAUCACCAACAUGUCGAAUUUACAGACUUUGGUUCUGGCACAAAAUUCCUUCCAAGGAACAAUACCUGAAGUUAUUGGGCAUCUUCAUAAUCUGAAUUGGUUGGACAUUAACAGCAACUUGGUUACUGGUUCUAUCCCAUCGGUCAUCUUUAACAUCUCGUCGCUAGAACUAUUAUCUUUGUCUAACAACAACUUAUCUGGCUCUCUUCCGGACGAGAUGUGCCUUGGACUUCCGAUACUUAAAGCCCUUUAUCUAUCUGGCAAUGAGAUAGAUGGACAACUUCCAUCAAGUUUUUCCUCAUGUCCUCAGCUUCAGAUGGCUUCCUUGUCAAACAACAGAUUUUCUGGAAGCAUACCACAAGAAAUUGGGAGCUUGGAGAUGCUUGGAACACUGUAUCUUGGAUUCAACAAUUUGAACGGUCAAAUUCCAAGAGAAUUUGGAAAACUUCAUAAUCUUCAGUUCUUGGGUUUGGAAAGGAACUUGCUAACAGGAUCCAUACCAUUAGCUAUAUUCAAUAUGUCAUUUCUGCGCCGUCUGUCGCUGCAAGACAAUAUGUUCACUGGGGUCUUAACAGAUCACUUUUCAAAUUUAACUAUGCUCGAGGAGCUUUAUCUAAGCGACAACAAUUUCACCGGUGUGAUUCCCAAAGUGUUUGAUCAAUUUCAUGAGCUCAGACUUUUAUCCUUGGGAGUGAAUAGAUUCAGUGGUCCUAUACCUCCAUAUAUCUUCAACAUCUCAACACUGGAAGUGCUUUCACUUUCAAGCAAUAGUUUUUCAGGCACUCUUCCUUUUUCGGAUGUAGGUUUAUUUCUGCCUAAUCUUGAACAGCUCGACAUUGGAGAAUCUAAUCUUGUUGGAACUUUUCCAUACUCUAUCACAAUUUUUUCUAAUCUUAUGGAUCUGGACCUUUCUCACAACCAUUUGAUUGGUUCAAUACCCGACUCCCUUGGGGAACUGUUGUUCUUACAAAGCUUGAACUUGGAAGGAAACAACUUCACAAGUGAAUCACCAUCAUCUGAGUUAAGCUUCAUCACUUCCCUCACAAGUUCCAAGUACUUGACAGAGCUGUCACUCAGUUAUAAUCCAUUGAAAGGCACUCUCCCUGCAACUAUUGCAAAUCUUUCAUCUUCCCUGCAAACUUUUCGUGCGUCAGAAUGCCAGCUUAAGGGAUAUAUUCCAGAUGGAAUUGGUAAUUUAAGUGGACUGAUAUCAUUAUAUCUUUAUGGAAAUGAUCUAACUGGAACAAUUCCAAGUACACUAAGUAAGUUAUCAAAUCUUCAACGCUUUUCGCUUGGCAAAAAUCAGCUAACUGGAUUUAUUCCGAACAGAAUUUGCAGCAUGAAAAGUUUGGGAGUGAUGGUUUUGGGCAAAAAUCAGCUCACAGGUUCCAUUCCAGAAUGCUUGGGAAAUGCAUCUUCUCUAAGGUAUAUACACCUUGAUUCCAAUAACUUAACUUCAGGAAUACCUGCUAGCAUUUGGACUUUGCAGGAUCUAUUAGAACUUGAUCUCUCUUCAAAUUCCUUCACUGGCUCUCUAUCUCCUCAAAUCGAAGGGCUUAAGGCAGCCACACUCAUUGAUCUGUCAAUGAAUCAGUUCUCAAGCAAUAUACCCAACAAUUUUGGAGAUUUGCAAAGCCUGCUCAAUCUCUCUAUAGCACAUAACAGAUUUCAUGGUCCCAUACCAGAAUCCAUGGGUGGUAUGUUGGAUAUAAUUUCUCUUGAUUUGUCUCAUAAUAAGCUUUCUGGAACAAUCCCGAAGUCUUUAGAGACACUGAAACAUCUUGAAUACUUCAAUGUUUCUUUCAAUGGAUUAUCUGGAAAGAUUCCUAUGAAUGGUCCUUUCAGAAAUUUCACGAGUCAAUCAUUUCUGUUCAAUACUGCAUUGUGUGGUCCUCCGACGCUUCAGGUUUCAUCUUGCCCUGAAUCAGAGCACAGGUCAAAGAGAAAGAAGAUUCUCCGAGCUAUAUUCAUUAGUCUUGGAAUUGUUUUGUUGAUAUUUAUAGGAACCAUGGCUUUUAUAAUGGUUAAAUAUUGUAGAAAGCUGAAAUCACCAACCAUAUCUGAUCAUUCUUCUAUGUUAAAGCUUUCUAGUAUCUCAUACUAUCAGCUAUUACAGGCGACUAAUGGGUUCAAUGACAACAGCUUAUUGGGCAAGGGAAGUUUUGGCUCGGUUUACAAAGGUGUCCUUCAAGAUGGAACCGUUUUGGCUAUAAAAGUUUUCAAUAUGUUGCAGGAAGCUAGAUCGAAGACUUUUGAUGCUGAAUGUGAAGUAUUCCGAAAUCUUCGCCAUAGAAAUCUCAUUAAAGUCAUCAGCAGUUGCUCAAAUGAGGAUUUCAAAGCCUUAAUACUGGAAUACAUGCCUAAUGGAAGCCUGGAGAAGUGGUUGUAUGAAAGCAACCUAGUUUUGGAUAGCAUUCAAAGAUUAAAUAUAAUGAUCGAUGUUGCUAGUGCAUUAGAAUAUCUCCACCAUGGUUAUUCUACACCUGUCAUUCAUUGUGAUUUAAAGCCUAGCAAUGUCCUUUUGGAUGAAAAUAUGAUUGCUCAUGUGAGUGAUUUUGGUAUCACCAGAUUCUUGGGUGAAGAAGAAAGCAUUACUCAUACUAGGACCCUUGCGACGCUCGGCUACAUGGCUCCAGAGUAUGGAUCACAAGGCAUAAUUUCCACAAGAUGUGAUGUGUACAGUUACGGAAUCUUGCUACUGGAGACUUUCAUUAGUAAAAGACCCUCUGAUGAAAUGUUUUCUGGAGACAUGAGCAUCAAGAAUUGGGUAUCAUAUUCACUGCCUGAUGCACUAAUUCAUAUUAUUGAUGCUAGUCUGCUACGCCCGGAGGAAAGGAAUUUUGAUAAAAAGCUGUCUUGCAUAUCAUCUGUAUUGGAGAUAGCUCUGAGUUGCUCAACAGAUUCUCCUACGGAGAGAAUGAAUAUGGAAGAUGUAGUGGCAGAACUGAAGAAAAUCAAAGUUGAGUUCAUGCGGCAAUAUGCAUGAAUCUCAUACACGAUGUCAGAAGAUGCAAGAAAUUUCUCCAAUCCUGAUAGCGAGUAACUUUCUGAAGAAAGCUUGGAAAGAAUUCUGUGAUUAAACUAGACCUUUUUCAAUUCAUGUUCCAAUCCAAUUUUAUCUACAGUGUGUUCCUUCAACUCCUGAUAAUUUGUUGUUGGACAUUACUAUAAUCGAGUUUGGUAUUUGUACUUCGCAUAUUUUGGUUGUAAUAUCUUAUUUGAUCUUCUGGGACACAUAAUUUGGGGAAAUAAAUUAUCAAACUGCAUG